AUGAGCGACUACGAAAUUCCUAAUGCGAGAGAGUGGGAUGCCGCAAGCAGUGCUCGAUUUUCUACAUCCCGUCUUUCUCUUUCAGACGAACUCGAUGACGGCUUCACCAAAGUUCACGGAUCGAAGACGAAACGUCAGAACCAAGUGAAUACGGCCCAAUCUACGAAAAUCCCCGUUCAUAAUACAACUGGCAAAGGCCACCAUCUCAAUGGAUAUGACGGCGCUAACAACCAAAAUCCUAUUCUUACAAAUGGUCACAUCUAUGGACGGGGCCGUCCUGAAGCCAGCCGUCCUGAGCGUGGCCGCCCUGAUCGUGGCCGAGGUCGUGGUGCUGGAAGAGGCAAUGAGAAUAGCAACCACUUCACAAAAAGAAGCACCAACCCGGCUCCACUACCAGAUAGAUCAAGCACUCAACGAAGCAAGCCAAUAAGCGCCGCUGAACUUGCCUGCCAACGAGGCGAGCCUGCCGCCGGCGAAUUCAGCUUCACAAUUCCAAGAAGAGCUUGCUACCGACACCUCCGGGACAAAGCCCAGAGUUUCAAGGGGCAACUGGCGGCUAUAAGUCGGACAUCAUCCACGCAUAUUGAGGAAUCACCUGCUGAUGUUUUUAAGGUACUCAUUUGGGGUGAUGAGGUCAAUUUGCGGCAAGCCGUCCUGCAGCUUGAGGACCUUGACAAAAGUGUUCAACCACAAAAAUGGGCGAAGAAUCCUGCUUUCGACGGAAGAAGGGAGAACCGUCGUGAGAGGAAGGCACAUGAAGAAGAGCAGGCGACACGUCUACAACUGUUCGCUGACUCUCAGCAAUACCCAUUUGAGUAUUCUUUUAUAUGGCCAGACAGCGAAUUGAGCUUGGAGCAGGUAAUUGAUCGCCACGACAGGCCCAAGGGCGCCCUCGAGUCGCUCCGAAGCACAUAUCAAUGUAGUAUCCGGUGUGAUGUGGCUAGUUCGACUAUCAUCAUUCAAGGAAUGCAAGAGCGCGAUGUGAUCGCAGCAGGGCGGACCUUUGAGCGAAUAGCGAGGCAGAUGAUUACGGACAUGUCACAGUUCAUCAAGAUUUCGCUUCUAAGCGCGCCGACCACUCCACUCCAUCAACCUUUCGUGUCAAUGAAUCAGCAAGUCAAGCUCAACACUGCUCUAUACUACCUCCCAUUUUCGCAAGAACGGAAGACCGAUAGCUUCAUGGUCAGUGUGCCAAAAUUGUGGACGCAUAUCCUUCCUCCCAGCGACGAGGCCAGAUUGAAAUCAGAGAAGAUGGUCCGACGCUUGGAUCAGUACAAUCGGAAUGCUAUUCUUGCAGGUCUGGAGAAGAGUUUGACGAACCUCCACUUUGUCGAGAAAGCCGUCCGAAUGCAAGUAGAUUUUGGCGAGCUGGCCUUUCUGAGAUACUUGGCUCCCCGGUCCGGAUCCCAAAGUCACAGCCUGGAAGAGUUUAGGAGAACGAUGUCAAAAGAACGGACACACCUUUUGCUUCAAGCCAUGCCGCCUAAUGUGCAGAUUCACAAGCUUAUAGAUCAUCUUCUCAAACAUCCAGCUCUCAAAGAUGAAGGCGAGGACUCUGCGUCUGUCACUGAAAGAUAUGUGGUUGCUUUCGACUUCCGCCGUCCCGACAGGAAAAUCCUUCGUCACGAGCAAGAAUUUGGCACUUCGUACAGAAACGAGGAAAUGGAAAUGAGACGUAAAAGUUGGGUCUUGAUGGGGGCUGAUUCGGAUAGAGAAAGUCCCCUCGUGCUAUCUGUGCUGGAUUUCGAAAGCCUUGACUGGCAAUUAAGGAUCCAGGCCUACGACAUCCUAGAUGCCAGGUCUAUGGCGAAGGAAUACGCUGAUUUCGAGGCUGCUGUUGGCCUAGGUGCUGCUCCUUCGCCAGCAGGGAUUACUGGACCACCCGCGCAAAGAGCAUCCUUUCCUCGCGGCCACCAUGACCUCGUCCGUGUUACCAAUAAGCCUCUGAUUCAAUUUACUCUCGGAAAGACCGACCACAUCCUGGAGAUCGCAAGAGAGGACGUAUACGAGACCCAUCUGUACCAGUCGUAUCCGCCGAAACCAGAAUCAAAGUGGACUGCAUCGUUCUACUAUUCCCAAUGGGUCAACGAUCUGGGAGAGUUUGCAUACAAAAAGCAUGGUGAAACGCCUUCUUGGCAGGCAUCACUAUCGACAUUCUUCCCCGAAGGAGAAGAUGCUGCUGGCCAACCCCAAAAGAAACUCAAGGGACCACGGAUGUUCUUGAAGGAGGUCGAGGAAGUGAAAAAUAUCCUAUGGGAAGCGACAAGAGUUUGUACAGAUGGAAACAAUGGGGACAGGCUAGCAACGUCUGGACGCAUUGGUACGGUUGAGAAGGGGGAAGAUGAUGACCUAGCGAUGGCAAAUUAG